GUAAUUUUUUUGUUUAUGCAAAUUUGCAUGUUUUCCUUCUUCAAGAGGGAAACGGGUCAAUCCCAUUGACACCCGGCAGGUAUUUUAUCUUGUUAUGAAAGGUAGUAAAUUCCUUACAGCUGUGCAUGCGUUUGCUUCAUGAUCUCAGUCGGUGCUUGGCUUUGUUUUCCCUUUGGUUCUGAAUUUGCAUACGCAAUAACAUGUGUUUUAUGGUUUCUGGAGUCUAAUUUGCUUCCAUUCUUGCAGUUCUGGGAUUUGGAGGAUAGUGGGAUUUUUGGGAAUUUCGUCAAUUUGGUUGGUUUUUUUGUUUUUUGGGGUGAUGGGUCCUAUCAGAGGAGGUCAAAAGAAGAAGAGGAAGACAGAGAGUAAAGCUGAACCCACCCAAAACAACUCUAUGGCUUCUGGGUCUUCCUCUGGUGCUGCUUCUGGGUCUUCUGAGGAUGUCUCGACUGAUUGGUUCGAUGAUGUAGCAGAAAGGAUUGCUAGUAACUUGAAUUUAUCUCCUGCAAGGGGUUUGGAUCUAUUUCAAACCAUUUUCAACAUGUCUAGAAGAACUUUUGAGUAUGUUUGCUCAUUGGCAAGGGAGCACAUGAUUCUGAAAACACAUUAUGUAUUUAAUAAUGGCCAGCCACUGUCACUAUAUGACCAAGUUGCUUUAGCCUUGAGAAGGCUUAGCUCAGGAAGUUCACUUAUCCAAAUUGGUGAUUCCUUUGGGGUACAUCACUCCACUGUUUCUCAAGUAACUUGGCGUUUUGUUGAGGCCAUGGAAGUGAAGGGGCGUCAGCACCUUAGGUGGCCUGCCUCCCAGCAGGUACUGGAUGAUAUAAAAUCCCAGUUUGAACAAAUUCGAGGACUCCCAAAUUGCUGUGGUGCAAUUGACAUUACACACAUACUAAUGCUAUUGUCCACAUCUGAGACAGCAGCUCACGUGUGGCUUGAUCGUAAGGAAAAUCACAGCAUGGUUUUGAUGGGAAUUGUUGAUCCCAACAUGAGGUUCCUGGAAAUCCUUACUGGAUUACCAGGGAUGUUGACUGACACAAUAAUGCUCCAAAAUUCCAAAUUUUUUCAUUCAUGCCAGAAUGGACAAAGGUUAAAUGGGGAGAAACUGAAAUUGUCCGAAAGAGCUGAAAUGCAGGAAUACAUCAUUGGUGAUACAGGAUUCCCUUUGUUGCCUUGGCUUAUGACUCCUUACCAAGGAAAAGACCUCCCAGAAGCCAAAGCAGAAUUUAACAAGCGCCUCAUGGCAACUCGUGUUGUGUCACAAAGAGCAUUCGCUAGGUUAAAGCAUGUAUGGAAGAUGAUUGAUGGAGUGAUGUGGAGACCUGACAAGCACAGGCUACCAAGGUUUAUAUACGUGUGUUGCAUUCUCCAUAACAUUAUCAUUGACAUGGAAGAUGAAGUAUCGGAUACCCUGCCGGUAUCCCAAGAUCACGAUCCUGGAUAUCGAAUGGAGCUCUGUGAUUAUGUCGACGAUACAGCAGCAGAUUCAAGGGAUGCGUUUUCGUGGUACCUGGCUAGAAAGUGAUGACCUUUGAUGACUGAUAGAUGGAGAAAAACUCAAGAUGCAUAUCAAAUUUUUUUAAGGAACUGUGAAACUUAGUUUACCUGCUGAGCAACUAACGUGUUUCUACUAGGCAAUGACAGCAGGGAGAGUAAUAGUUAUUCUUACAAAGAAAUACGACACCCGCAUUCUUGUGAAACUUGUUACAGAUGUUUUUCUUUUUCUGAUUCCUAAAGACAGCCUUUUUUUUAGUUUAAUAUACUUGUGCUCUGUUUCCUUAGUCUUUUCUUCUUUCAGUUUCGUUUCCUUAGCUUCCCCAUUCAGCAAUCAGAGUGAUGGGAAAUGGUGGUGAGAUUGGUUUUCCUAGCAGCAUUCCUUCAAUCUGAAACACUGCAGAGGUUAUAUGUAGCAGCUUUUUUGGCUGAUGUUUAAAUGCCUUUCAUGCAUAUCAAAUGUUGCUUAAUGCAUGCAAUUCAUACCACAGGUGUUCGAGAGAGAGCUCCACAUAGCGAAGAAAUGACUAUGGCGGUUACCAGUGGAACUACUGCAGAGCAAACCUUAAAUUAAAUGGAAUCAAUAACUGUAAAAAUCAUCCACAUACUCUUUAGCAAUUUAUUGUGCAGAGAUUCCCUCCUGAAAGGAGGCCACUGCAGACAUACUUAUGGUUUUGAAGUUACUUUGAUUUGGUGAGAAGAACUCCAGAAUUUCAGCAUGAUGAAACUGCUGGGAUUCGAAUCCAAGCCUAGUUACAAGUCAUUGAAAAAUAAAAAAUGUAGUACUAUCAAAUUUAGAGAAAUGAAAGAGAGUGAGCUGCGUAAAAUGCAGCAUCUGGUAUGAAAGAGAGUGUAACAAGGAAGCAGGUUCAGAGUUCAAUGUUUUGGUCCUCAACUCCCAACUCCACUAGAGUCGCACAUCUUAUUC